AUGGAUGCUUGCCAAGAAGUAAUGAAGGCUUUUGUCAAAGUCUCUCUGAGACAUUAUUCAGGUUUCCACAGCUCGCUGGACUUUCGGUCUGCUAUUCCCCGUCCCUACCUAGCAUACUACCCAGCCCUAUGGAAACAAUCUGAACUUGACGAGCAGUUUCAUUUUGUCAAUUCAGCGGGAAUAGUAAAGUCAUACAAAACCACUCCCCCUCCAAAAUUCGAGGCUAUGGAAAGAAGAGCAUCUUACGACACCACUGCACCCGUCCGGCUCGGGUCUAGAGAACUGGUCCACGUUCGUUUGGGCAGUAUUGCCCUGGGACGCUCAGGCGACAAGGGAGGCAAUCUGAACUUUGGUCUGUUUGUUAGUACACAAGCUAGGUGGGACUGGAUGCGAUCAUACCUGUCGCGUGCCAAAGUACAGGAACUCCUGGGAGGGGACUGGCGGCCAGAGUUUACUAUUGAACGUGUCGAGUUGCCCAAAAUCUUGGCCGUGCACUUUGUUGUUUAUGGAAUUCUUGGUCGUGGUGUCAGUAGCUCGAAGCGUUUGGAUGGAUUUGGAAAGGGGUUCAUCGAUUAUUUCAGGGACAAGAUUGUUGAGGCACCUAGUUCUAUUCUGUAA